AAUGGAGGCAGAUAAGAUGUAUGACAUCCUUGCAGAGUCAGGAUGUGAGAUACACUCCAUCAAAGAUACUCCUGGAGGAGACAAAAGAUAUGAAAAGGCAAGUAAAGAGCAAUUGGUUGACACAGCCAAUCAUGUCAAUGAAGUUGCCCAAGUACAAGAGUUCCUAAAGGACAAAACUUUUGAAGAGAGAUAUGAGUGGGUAGAACAAUCCAAAAAUGAAGCCAAUCAAUAUUACGCUGACAAGCUUUAUGGCAAGGCUCUUGAUAAGUAUCUCAAUGCUCUUUAUGGCCUCAAUUUCCCAGAUCAAACAAUAGAAAAUGAGAGAAAAGUAAAUUUUGAGCUUAAGGUACCUCUGUUGAACAAUAUGUCUAUCUGUCUUUUAAAAGUCAAGCAAUAUCAAAAGGUGAUUUCAAUGACAGACCAAGUUCUGCUCAUUGAUCCAGAUAAUUUCAAAGCAUUAAUUAGAAGAGCAAGUGCUCAUCUUGAACUGGGGAACUUCUCUGAAGCUAAAGAAACUUUAACGAAGGCCAAAAGAUUGGCUAAAUCUAAAGAAGAUGGCAAGACAAUCGCUGAAAUUAAACAGAAUUAUGAGAAAUGAAUGAAGAAGCAGGAAGAGUUUGCCCAGAAAGUAUUCAGUAAAUCUGAGAACACUAAGGAUUUAUACAAGGACAAACCAAUACCAUCAGCUUCCAGAGUAGAUCCUCUAGUAGAUCAAGAUGAGGUUGAGUACCUUAAAACUAUUGGUAACAUUCACUGGUUUCUUUACCCAUACAUCAAAACUUUCAGGGCUCUAAUAAAUUGCAGAAGAAGGCCAAUCCCAUUUAGAGAAGAGUUAGGGCUGGAUAAACUCAAGGAAGAUUAAAG